AUGGCAACUUUUCACAACCCUACCUUGGAGAUUCGAAGACUGGUAUACAAACUUGUGAUGAUGUUGUCUAUCAGCGUCCUCUCCGUGUAUCUCCUUUACUUUCUAACGGGAUGCUGCGAGUCUCAUCUGCCGGAUAACUCAGAAAUCAGGAACGACAACCCCCUGCUUAUAACAAGAUGGUAUCACAAGAAGAAUGAAACAUAUUUUAAAGAUGGUAUCACUGCUCCCAGUUUCAAUGUGAUGAGGGAGAGCACCAGUACGCCACAUUUAGAGGCAAAUAGUUCAGGAAAAGAUUGGACAGCUACCCGGAGACUACCACAUGCUCUCAUCAUUGGAGUCAAGAAAGGAGGAACUAGAGCUCUGUUGGAAUUUCUGAGGCUGCACCCUGAUAUUCGCGCGCUGGGGUCUGAGCCGCAUUUCUUUGACAGGCAUUACGCACGCGGCUUGAAUUGGUACAGGAGUUUGAUGCCCAAGGCCUUGGAUGGACAGAUUGUCAUGGAGAAGACCCCUCGAUACUUUGUCACCGAGGAGACGCCAGCGCGUAUCCACGCCAUGUCCAGAGACAUCAAGCUUAUCGUGGUGGUUCGGGACCCCAUCACUCGUGCCAUCUCUGACUACACCCAGAUUAUUUCAAAGACCCCUGAUAUCCCCAGCUUUGAGAGCCUCUCCUUCAAGAACAAAUCUACGGGACAGAUCGAUGCACUCUGGAGCCCGCUUUGGAUAGGACUAUACGCCAAGCACUUGGAAAGGUGGCUGGAGUACUUCCCCCUUUCACAGAUACACUUUGUCCACGGUGAGAAACUGAUCAGCGACCCUGCUGGGGAGUUGGGCCGCGUACAGGACUUCCUUGGCCUGCAGAGGAUCAUCACAGAUAAACAUUUCUACUUCAAUAAGACCAAGGGCUUUCCAUGUCUUAAGAAGCCAGAGGGUAGCAGCAAGCCCCAUUGUCUGGGCAAAACCAAAGGCAGGACUCAUCCACAAAUCGACCCUGAGGUCAUUCGCAAACUGAGGGAUUUUUACCAGCCCCACAAUCAGAGGUUUUACCAAAUGGCCGGCCAAGAUUUUGGAUGGCAGUGA